CCACAAGAAAAUGUUUGUAAGGUGGAGGAGGACGGGGUUUUCAGGGACCAGCACCUGGAUAACCCGGAGAGGAGCUGCAGCCCGGACCAGGAGGAACCAGGGCACCCACAGACUACAGAACUGGAGGAAGACUCCAGUGGUCAGGAGAUGAAGCACGAGGACGUAGAGGUGGAUGUCUCAUUGGUCAAUGUUGCUCAUGAGAAAGUUGAAAAUUGUGAACCAGGACCAAACUGUGGCCAGCUGCUGUUGCACACUUCUCCUGAAGCUCAAAACAAAGAUGAGGAAGGGACUGAAAGUUUACGCUCAGACUCCAGUAAAACUGCAGAUCCGGAGCCAAUGAGACGACACGGUGACCACGAAGAUGCUGCUGUCCCGUCAGACAGCAACUGUAAACCAAAGCUGAUCAGGACCUACACGAGGAAGAAGGUUUCUACUGAGGAAAUGCCUCCAGAAGAUUCUGGUGUUACAAAGUCUUCCUCCACAAUUGAAGAUUUGGAACAGAUGGACACGGAGAAUCAGUUCUGCAGUCCAACUGAAAUGGAGACAGUUGUCAACAGUGAGAGGUGUCAGAAACAUAGCCUGGUGUGUGCAACUGUCUCCCCCUUGGACAAGUGUCUCCAGUGUGUGGGACCUGUGUCCUCCCUCAAGUGGCUUGGCUAUAAAUGCAGAGAACUCCCACAGGAAAAUGUUUGUAAGGUGGAGGAGGACGGGGUUUUCAGUGACCAGCACCUGGAUAACCUGGAGAGGAGCUGCAGCCCAGACCAGGAGGAACCAGGGCAUCCACAGACUACAGAACUGGAGGAAGACUCCAGCGGUCAGGAGAUUAAGCACAAGGACGUAGAGGUGGAUGUCUCAUUGGUCAAUGUCGCUGAUGUGAAAGUUGAAAAUGGUGAACCAGGACCAAACUGUGGCCAGCUGCUGCUGCACACUUCUACUGAAGCUCAAAACAAAGAUGAAGAAGGGACGGAAAGUUUACGCUCAGACUCCAGUAAAACUGCAGAUCCGGAGCCAAUGAGACGACACGGUGACCACGAAGAUGCUGCUGUCCCGUCAGACAGCAACUGUAAAUCAAAGCUGACCAGGACCCACACGGGGAAGAAGGCGUUUUCUUGCAGCACUUGCAGGAAAGAGUUCAGUAAACGUAGUAUUUUAGUGGAUCACAUGAAGAUCCACACUGGCGAAAGGCCAUACCUGUGCAACACCUGCGGAAAAUCGUUUAGACAAUCAUCAACGCUCAAGAACCAUAAAAUGAUCCACAUGGGCGAGAAGCCGUACCUGUGCAACACCUGCGGAAAGUCGUUUAGAAACUCAGCAACGCUCAAGGACCAUACAGUGAUCCACAUGGACGAGAAGCCCUACAUCUGCAAAACAUGUGGAAAAGGUUACAGGCAACGUUCCAACCUGGUGAUUCACUCGAGGAUCCACACUGGUGAAAGGCCGUACCUGUGCAACACCUGCGGAAAAACCUUUACUGAUUCAUCAGCUCUUAAACGGCACAUAUACACGCACACGGUCGAGAAGCGAUAUUUGUGCAACACGUGCAACAAAGGUUUUGACCGCAGAAUUGAUUUGCUGAGACACAUGAUAUAUCACCCGGAGGAGAAGUCUGGUGACUCGUGACAAAUGAAGCUCAUGUUGUCGUCCUCCGGGGGCAGCUGUCCACUCCUGUCUGACACACAGAAGAAGAACCCGCAGAAGUCCAACCACCACCUCCUGUGGCUGAUGAGCCUAAUCCCCUCCCCACAAGAGUUGCAGGUUCAACCCGAAUUUAUGCUUCUUCGUCAACUUGACGCAGAGGGAACGAUGAGGUUGUGUUGCGAUGAGGUUUUUUUUCUUAAAGUUCUGCAUUGAGUUUGUUUGAAUCCCUGUUCCUUCUUAAAAUCGUUAUUAUUUGUUGCUGUUGGUAACUUGCCAUCUCCACGGUGCAAAUAAAGAGCUGUUAGUAUGUGCUAAAGUUUCUUUAAAUGUGACAGUUUAUUUCGUUCAUCUACAAAGCCUCUCUCACAUCCUUUUUCCCGUCUGUUUCUUCUUCACUCACAUUCUCUUUUGUAAAGUUAAUCUGCAGCUACAUGUUGUUAAACUCUCUCCAUCUACUCCGUUCAGAGGUUAUAUAUUGUGAUGUUAUACAUAGUUUGGUGAAAACUGUAAAAGGCUGUAUACCUUUUUUAAAUCUGAGCUGCGCAUACAUCAGAUUAUGGUGAUAAUUCAUGACGAACUAAGUCAAAACAAUGUUAUUCAAAUGAGCCAUGCUGUGUUAUUGUAACUAUAAAUUACAACAUAUUUGUGUAUGUUUUUCAUAUUAUUUAAAUAAUAUGAAAUUAACAAUAUUAUUUAAUCGCAUGUAUAAA